ACGCCGCCGCGGAGUCCCGUUGGUCAAGGACGUCGCGUUCGAGCGGCGGGGACGGGAGUAGUUUUCCACUCGGCGUCCCUCUCCUUGGGCUCCUGAUUAUUCUGUCGUCUCAUCGUCCUGCGAUCUUCAUUGGCAACUUGACGUUGAUCGACGUUGAUCUCUAAGACACACUCGUGCAGGUCCGUGGCCAUGGCGUUGUCGAGAAUCGGCGGUGCGGAGGUGCUGAACGCUCUGACCCGCGUCUCGCGCCCAGCAUUCUUGGAGAUGCAGUGCGCGACUCCAGCGGCAGCUCACCGCAAGCAGCAGCCGCUGCACCUGACCAGCGUGCGUUGCUACCCGGACCCGCCGGCCCUCGCUCUGCCGAGUAACGUCUGCGAUAUCUUCGCCAACGAGACCGGGCGCUUCGCGCCGGAGCGCGCGCGCGACAUCGCCCUGUACGCCGAGAACGGCGGCACCGCCAGCGCCGCGGUGAACGGCUCCGGGUUCCCCACGAUCCGCGACGACAGCCACGUGGACUCGUACGACUGCUUCGGCGCGGUCAGCCUGAGCGGCACGAUGCAGAGCAACGUGCCGAAGCCGUACUCCUCGUGCGGCAAGUCCACGCACCUCAACAUGCCCGGCGGGCAGUGGUCCCGCGACGGCAAGUACAUCGCCGAGGACAUGCAGCGCUCCCACUACCGCAAGUUGUCGUGUACCGCAACUAACGCCUUCAUAACGAGCCCGCUUUUACGAGCGACAUAUUGGCCAAUUUAUACCGUCAGAAUGAGCUACUCAACCGACACCUCCAAGGCGUCUGAGAAGGUUCAGGCCACGGUGCCGGUGCCCGCAAUGUCGCAGAAGGAAAGAUUUCGUCUAGUGUUGAGGGAUUACGGAGGCAUCCUUGUCGCCAUUCAUAUUACUAUAUCGCUGAUAAGCCUCGGUACUUGUUACGUGGUGGUCGUUAGUGGGAUUGAUGUAACGCCGUUCGUGCAAAAGUUGACGAGCGGAAACGAGCAGAUAGAGAACGUGUUGAAAGUCUCGACGGACUUUGUAAUAGCGUACACAGUUCACAAACUGCUCGCGCCUGUUCGAAUAGGGAUAUCCUUAGCUGUGACUCCGCCGCUUGUACGACGUCUGAGGAAGAUGGGCUUGCUUAAGAUGCCGAAACGGAAACCACCACCGCCAACGACUCCAUAGGAGAACCAAGACAAUUAUUUCAUUUAUAAAAAGAUCCAAGCGUUGUAUUUCGAUGAGAGACUAACAACAAUGGAACACUUAAAUGCGGUGACAGCGCUGCGGGGAGAAAUUAAAUGUUGCAAAAAAAUAAGAUUCUUCAACGAGAGCAAGGUACAAUCCCAUUUGUAAAUGAUACCUGUUGUACGUACAGAAUCGAUUUGUACAACUUGUAUAAAUUUAAAUCGAUAGUUUUGAUACUACUGGCUCAAUUGAUAUGUACAUAGGCAAGACUGUUAUCUUCUUCCGUGCGACUCGACAAGCUUGAGGAUUUAAUAUAAUUUUAAUUUACGUUAAAAUUAUAAUAUAUAAAAGGUGCAGGCAUUUAUAUUUGCGUUAUCAGUUUUAUGAGGAAGUUAUUACCUGUAAAUAAACGUUACGCAGAGACAAAA